AUGCCGGCUCUCCAAGAUGCCUCUCCCAUCCCGCACAUCCACGCCCUCUGCAUGGACGACAUAUACAGCACCGCCCUCCAGGCAGCAGUCGCCUCGUCGGACCGCCUCUCAUCCAUCUCCAUCACAUACCACAACUGCGCCCUCUCCUUCGUAGAGGCCGAGUUCGACCUCAUCGUCUCCCCCGCCAACUCGUACGGCCGGCUGGACGGCGGCUUCGACGAUGCCAUCUCGCGCUCCUUCUCCCCUCGCGACGACUAUCUCGCCCUCACCAGGGCCGCCCAGGCCAAGUUGUACGAUGAGUGGCGCGGCUUCGCUCCUCCGGGGACCUGCACGCUCCUGCGCAUCCCCGACGACUUCCACGCGCGCUCGAGGAACACCUGGGGCACCAAGUACCUGGCGCUGUGCCCGACCAUGCGCGUCCCGCAGAGCGUCACCUGGGAUCGCGAGGUCGUCUACGAGUGCAUCUGGAGCCUGUUGUGCGCAGUCGACAGACACAACCGCGCAGUCCGCAAUGCGAAGCCGCAACAGCAGCAGCAGCACGAAGAGAUCCGCAGCCUGCUCAUGGUCCCCAUGGCAACAGGCGUGGGCGGCGUGAGUGCGAAGAAGUGGGCGCAUCAGACGGCUCUCGCGCUGGAGCAUUAUCUCGAUGCCGUGACCAAUGAGUCUCGAUGGAGCGCGCUGCAGCCGGAUGACAUUUCAGCGUAUGCCCGCGAGGUCGAACAGACGUGGGAGUUCUGA